CAGUAAUCUUCAGCAACAGACAUGGCUAGUGGUGGUGACUUACUUCCACUUUGUGCUGAACUACCAUCCAUGAGUGAUGUCCAACUGAAAGCAGAGCAACCUGAACUGCCUGUUGACAUUCUUUUGUUGACAGUUGAGGAUUCUGAGUUCUUAGCAUGUUACCAGCAGCUGCAAGAUCCCUUCCGAUGGUAUUUCCCUGACCUUGGUUAUGUUUACUUUGAGAAUAUGGAUAAAGGUAAAAAAGAAGGAUUAAAGGUUGCAUUGAUGAAGUGUUGUAGUGGUGGUUUUGGUCCUGAUGGCUCCUUGAUUACUGUGAAAAAUGCUGCCAAGGUGCUAAGACCCAAGGCAGUUAUCUCUGUUGGGACAUGCUGUGGCCUCAACUCCAAAAAAACCAAGUUAGGUGAUGUUGUUGUGUCAUCCAAAUUAAGGGCAUGUGGAUCCAAAGAGGUAACAGAACACCAGGCGCAGUCUAGUGGAAACUACUAUGUUAACAGACACUUUUGUUAUGUUAUUAAGAAUUGUGCUGAUGGCUGGAAGGCACCUUUGAAAAACUCUGAAGCUCAAGAAGUCAAAGUUCAUCUUGGUGAAUUUCUGAGUGGCCCAGAGGUUGUGAGCCAUGAGUUACGACGUAAAGAGCUUGCUGAGCUCUAUCCCGAGGCAGUUGCUUUUGAGAUGGAAGGAGAAGGUAAGGUUGUUGUUUUUUGUGUGUUGGCAAAAAGUUUACCUUACUAGACUUUGUUCUUUCAUUACUAUUAGAUUGAUUUGUUUACACAGUGUCAGUCAUUUUUUUUUUCCUUUUUUAAAUUUAUUGUGCAGUUUGCAAAGGUGCACUCAUCGUCAGUAAGGCAGCACCUUUUGUCCAGAAAUUGUAAUUUUUUCACGAGUUCAUACCAGCAUGGAAAGAAAGUCAAGUCUGAUAACCCUGGGCUAGCCUAGUGGAUUUUGCAAUCAGGCUAGUGAAUUCAGUUUUUAACUAAGCAAGUUAAGUUUUUUGAGGGGAAUUUAAAUAGAUUAGUACUGGAAAUUGUUUAAAUUCCUUAUAAAUUCAUGUGGGCUGAAAAUUUUUUUCUCAGGCAGAUCUUGCAAAGUGAGAUUAUUGCAAUAAUGUAUUGUAAUAAUAAUGAUGAUACAGUCGACUCUCUCUUAACGGACACCUCUAUAAGACGGACACCUCUGUAAAACGGACACUUAGAGUUGGUCCCUGCCUUUCUUUACUCCCUUUAUUUGACUCUCUAUAAGACGGACACCUCUCUAAGACGGACACUUAGUUCCGGUCCCAAAGGUGUCCGUCGUAGAGAGAGUUGACUGUAAUAAUAGUAAUUAUCAUUAUUUUCAUUAUUACUUGUAUAUAGAUUUAGCCAGGGCUUAAAGCGAAGCUCCCAUGAAUAAAUUUAUAAUUUAAAUCAAACAAUAAACUUGUAUUCCACAAAUCAGUUAACUUGAGGGCACAUUCAUGUGACUUUUGAGGGAAAGGCUAAGUGAUUUUAGAGUGAAGCAAAUCUUGCAUCAAGUUGUUGGCCUUAAAUGUAGACCCAAAAAAUAGUCUUUGGGGACAUUAAAGAGCAAUAAUGGCUCUUGAUCACAGUAGAUUAGGCAUGGAAAACAAAUUCUUGGAAAACAAAUCAGGUCAAAUUUUUUGCGUCCAACAAGUUUACUUUACAAAUUCUUGCCAUCAAAUCUGGGUGUGUGCAAACCAACCUUUUAUACUUUUUUAUACAUCAAGUCUUAGGAGAAAGAGUACUAUGAGGUGCUGUUUUUAUCAUACAGACCUCGUACAAAAUGCAGUAUUUCACAAUUUUUCAAGACAAAUAAUUGCACACAUUCAAUAUUUUGGACCACAUGGACUUUUAGCGAAACCGUUAAAAAAAUUUCCAAAAUCACCUAUAUGGCCAGCCGGUUCUAACUUUUGACACGCACUUUAUUUGCAAAGAAAUUUAAAAGAGUUACGCUUCAACAUGAUAAAGAAUUUAUUGUGUUUUUUUGUUUAUUAAUGGCUUUAUAACUAAAAGGCAUUUGAUAAGCUCUGCAUUUUGAGUACUCCUGCAAGCAAUGUUCAUGCUGAAAAUUGCACUUUUGAGACUACUUACAAUAAAUAAAGAAAUAUAAUUUGGUAGAACAUUUACGAAGACAACAAUUUUCAUUCAUGAAAACAAAUAAUUGUUUAAGUGUCACUAAAAAUCCUGAGUCUUUAAGCUUCCCAGUGUUUGCUGUUUUCAAAGAUGAACUCGCAACAAGAAAAUCGUUCUAAGCAUUUUUUACAGCCAAAAUUGUAACUAAAUAUUCUUUGGAAAGUUUUUUCUAUUUUCGGUGAAGUAAUAUCGACUAAAGGCUUUUUAAAGUUCUUUACGCUUAUAUCAAACCUUAUACUAGGUCAGAUCAGUGUGUCAAAUCUUAAUAUGCAGGAACUAGCUUCAUAAACUGCGCUUAACUUCAUAAAAUUACAUAUAAAUACAACAAUUACUCAGGUGUACCAUAUUUUGAGAUGCAGCUCCUGAAAACGGAAACAUUUUUUUAUGUAUUCUAACAUUUUAAUAGUUUUACAAGAUCCAGCCAUGACUAAGAUAUUCUUGAUAUUUAAAUAUUUUUACAUAACAAAGACUUCACGGCACAGGAGUUUCUUACGGUCAGACGCCCAACUUCUGUGUUUUUUACUAAUACUGAGCACCAGACAUGUAAAACUGCCAAAUAAUAAUAAUAAUAAUGAUUAUAUUACAGUUUCUCAUUCAAGUACUUUCUUAUUAUUUUUGUUUCUUUUUUAUAUGCAGGCAUUUUUGCAGCAGCGUUUGACCUUCAGAUUGAAUGGUUGAUUGUAAAAGGGAUUUCCCAUUUUGGAGACAGUGCCCAGUUAAAUGUGAACAGUUGGCAAGCAUUUGCAAGUGUGAUGGCAGCUUCUCUUGUUGCACAUAUUUUGAGUGAUCCAUGCAUAUUUCGUUCCUGGCCUCAUUUCAAAGGUAAUUACAUGUAUGACUUCAGAAGAGGUCGGAGCUGAGAGAAUGCACACAUUUGGAAGUAAUUCGUUGACAUCCUACAAUAAUAUUUCUUAAACCUCCAUUUGAACCAUUGAUUCUAAUAUUAUUUUCUCUUUCAAUUUAUCUUUUUUUGGAACCUCUUGUAAGCAACCACGACCACUUCAUGUUGAUAGCUAACUAUGAGCUAUUUUAAGUUCCAUGUAAUUAGUAAAGUGAAGUUAAAUGUGAAACAAGUCUCUACGUGAAUUGUGUGUGCAAAACAACACCUCUGGAGGUGCAUGAUGCUCAAUGCCAUAUAAAAUUAUUCUUCCACUGCACAACUACAAUGUGAAAUUUGCUUAUGCAACAAUUUAUGAAGGAGGCAAACACAUGAUGACUAACUUUUCUUUUCCUAUUUGAACUUAGAUAGAGUCCAUAAGAAUAAUUUUCAACUCCAACAAUGAUGAUAACAAUAAUGAAGAAGGCCAUUGUGAUAGAGUUUUAAAGAACUUGACUUCUUCUUUUUAAUAGUGCCUUUUUCACUGCUUAAGCUCCCUAAAGUGAAUUGUGCAGCUGUUAUUUCUAACUCCAGUAUUUUAUGUUCUUCCUCAUACAGAACCUUCAAGUGAAUUAUUGGCCAAGUUUAUUUCCAUUCCAAAGGAAAGUGGUGAACAGCUUGAGGCUAUCAUUAGAGGUUUAGAAUGGCAAGAUACUGAAAAGAGAAUGGGAGAAGAAAGCAGCCUGAAAGACUGUGUCAUGCCAGAUUUAGAUGGUAUUAACCUGAGUGAGAAGAAUUUUAAGACAUUAGUGCAGAGGGUUUGGAAUUCUUCCAAACAUUGGAGUGCCUGCCAAAGUGAAUUCAUAGUUUUUACUUGCCAAGGCAAUGGAGAUUUCAACCUAAUGAACUGUCUUGCCAUCCUGAGUUUGUUUGCUUUCGAGAAAGUUGCCACAAAGUCCUUAGAAGUAAUCCAAACUUUGGCUGGUCAGUAUGAACAUUAUCCUGGUUUUGGAGUUGUAAUCAACAACCUUGGGGUGAUGUUUACUGAAAAAUCACUUUUUGAGAAGAGUACUGAGUGCUUUGUUAUGGCCAAAAGUUGUUUUGAUCUCCAAGAAGACCAUUUGAGAGGUGCAGCAGUGUCUUUAAACCAAGCAGUUCUGUACAAAGCUGUUGGGGACUACAAAAAGGCACGAAGUCUCUGUUCUGAAAUAGCUGCUGUAUAUUGCCACAAAUUUGAGAUAACAGAAAAGAAUGUUCAUUUGCUAGUCAAGGUGUUAGUAAGAGCUGCCGAUAUGUUAAAAGAGUUAGAAGACUACGUGAUGUUCUACAAAUUCCUGAGGAUUUGUGCUCGCUUUGACUUUGCUGGUGUCAGUAUGCCUAUGUCAGUAGUUUUAGCGAAGCAGUUGAUGAAACUCCAACUAAAGGAGGAAACUAGUGGAAAUGUUGCAGCUAAAGAGGUCAUAGCUUUUUCUCACAGUUUACUUAUGUUGCUUGAUGAUCCUGAUACAGAGUUGAUGAACACUGAGGUCAUACGAAUAAUGAUCAAUGCAGCAAAGAUUCAUUGCAAGAAUGGUUACCCUGAUGAAGCUUGCAGUUUGUUGAUAAAGCUGCAGAAUUCUUUCCUCUUUGUUCAUGGUGGAAAGGCUUCACUCUAUGGUUUUCUGUUAUAUCAGAUUGGUUGUUUCUUUAUUGCCUGUGAAAAGUUUUCUGAAGCUUUAAUGGCACUCAGACAGGCAGUGAACACUCUAAUAUCCUAUUUUGGCCAAGAACACCACACAGUUGCAUCUUGUAUGAGUGUGUUGGGUUCCUGCUUUUUGCUAAUGGGGAACUACAAAGAAGCUUUGAAGCAUCUAAAUGAAGCCCUGGCAAAGUUUACAAAUUUAAAUCAUAAUCAUCCAGAAGCUGGAAGGAUUCUUCUAGAACUCUCAUUUUUAAAGGUUGAGGAGAAAAACUUUCAGUGUGCCUGUGAUACCAUGGAAGAAGCUUUGGGCAUCUUCAUUUCAGCUUGUGGUGAGCUGUCUCCCAUGUUAGCCAGUGGAUAUUUCCAGUCUGCCACGGUCUUGCUAAAAGAAAAGUCGUUGUGGAAUUUAGCCAGAGAAAAACUGGUAACAGCAAUUGACAUCUUCUUACAUCUUGGACUGAAGCCCCAUCAUUCUUUUGUCAAUGCAUGCCACAGUUUGCUUGGUGUCUUGCAGCUCUCCUUGAGGGACAGGGAAGAGGCAGAAAAGUCUUUUGAGGAUGUUGUACAGCAUUUAGACAUUAAUAGUGAAUCCUGGAUCAAAACCAGAAUUAUCUACUCUCCAUUAGUCCAUUUACUAGUUCCAUCACUAGCAGUUGAUAUAGACAGAUCCUUUGAUCUCUGCGCGAAAGUUGUAGCUCUUGUUAAUCUGGUGCACCUCAAAACUGGUGAUGAAAGAUACAGGCAUCUUGCUUUGCUCAUUGAUUACAUGGAGGGACACAAAACAGAGGAACUUCAAAUAAAAGAUUUUGCUGGUCAAGAUGUUUUCCACAUUUUGCACAGACUGCCUGUCUUUGACAAGCCAGUAGUUUGCAUUUUAUCCUCACAUCCAAAGCCAGCCUUUUCAGAGUCUGGUGGGCAAAUGGGCAAUCAUCCAGUGAGUGACACAAAAGAACCAGAUGAACAAAGUGAAGGGUCUCAAAUGUUCUUAUCAUCUGUAAACAACAAGUAUUUUGUCUUGUGUUUGAGGGUUCCUCACAACAUUCAAGAAGACGUUAGUUUCCUGGCCUUUGCACUCCAAAAGAGUGUUUUGACGCUUUUUUUACAACCAUCAUUCCGCAAAGAUUUUGUAGAGAGAGAUGAUUUGUAUAGGGAAAUGACAAUCCCUACACUCAACAUUCAUUUCCUUUGGAGGCUGAUAGACUGUCUUCCUCUUCUUGUUGAACUGGAACUGUCAGAUUUGCAAGAGUGUGACAACUUCAACUACUUGAAUUCUUGGGAGUCCUCAUUAAAAUCAACUAAGCAAUCAAUACAGGUCUCCUACCUCUCUUCUGAAUGUUCUAAUCAGCGCGAGGCUGAGUUUGUCUUUGACCGUCUGACCCAAAGAUUACAUGAAAAGCUGACACUAAGCACAGAUCUUGGUGUUGUUGUAUCUCAUGUUUCCCCAGCACAAAAUGUAGCAUCUCUUGUCAUUGAAAAGCUGGGAAAAUCCUUUAUUUCUAUUGCUGUUGAAAAGAAGUUUUUAACAGUAAAAUGUUACAGCUUCAAGGAAUCAGAUUUAGAGCAUGUCUGUUCAUUGGUACAAGAGGCUCUAGAAAACACCAUGGAAUCUUCAGCUUUCAGGGUGAACUUUGAACGAUCUUCAUGGUUGCUUGGCCAGGGGAGCUGUUGUGAAUUCUCGAGGGAAAACUGCAGUUCAGAUGUGAGCAGUGGCUUGUUUUGCUCUGAUUCGACCUUGGAAAGAAGUGACUCUCCAUGUGCAGACAUCAGAGAUCCACAAUCAGUUUUAAAGAUGCAUACUGUUGAUGUGUUGCAAGGCAUGGUAAGUUUUUUCUAUUUACGAUGUGCAGUUAUGAUUAAAGAGAAGUAACUGGCUUUUAGCAAUAACCAAAAUAAAUACAUUAUCAGCCCUGGUUGUUCAAUUAUUGGAUAGUGCUAUCCAAGAGAUAAAUCACUACCAAGUGGGAAACCAAUAUUGUGUUAUCCAGUGGAUAACAUUAAUUUUUGUCCCUCUGGGUAGGGAUGCUCUUUUGAACAACUGGGGCCAGGUGUGGACUGUAUACUUCCUUCCUUAUCCCAUAUAGUGGCAUAUUUCUCUGGGGCUUUGGCCCACAGCCUUCUUUAUUAGAGCAAAAAAAUAGGAAGCAGUUAGUGUACAGGCUGGGGACUUUGUCAAGUGAAUCAUUUGGUGGUUGGAUGGUUGUGUGAUGCAGUUGAGUCAUAUGCGCUUUUCUUGAUUUGACUAUGAGAUUGCAUGAUGCACGUUGUAGUCAAAGACCCACAUUUCACCCUGGCUCGCCAUCAAGUCUCCAGUAGCUCAGUGGUUAGAACAUCUGACUAGAUCAGGGAGAGUCAUGGGUUCGAACCCCAUCUGGGGCUCAGCUUUUUUUCGAGUUUCCAUGUGAUGUAAAAACAUAUCAUGUUGUUGUAGUUCUACAAAAAGACUCACUAGUUGGUUAAAUUAACAUGUCCAGAAACCAAUACAAAUGACUUGAUUUUUUACCUUUUAUCCGAUAGGAUGUGGAGAUUAAGCCUACUGUAAGCCAUACCAGCAGCAACUUACCUACAGACGUGGAUAUUAAUUUGUGUCUUCUGGAGUACCUUUUGAGACAAGCCAAAUGUGAAGCCACUACAGAGAAAACAUUGCAGAACUCCUACAUCACAUCAUCUUCCUCUGACAGUUGUGCUAGUGAUGUUCAAGUAAAUCAGAACUCACCAGUCUCAUCUGAACAGACCUCAGUUUCUGAAAACAACUACAGUUUUCCUGAAUCUGAUGAUUCCUUCACACCAACGAAGUCAUUACCUGAUAGUUUGUCAUCUGUGAGAAGUAUAAAAGAAUCAAAUGCCCCCCUCACUCUUGACCAAAGUGAUUCAGAAGUCUCUAGUUACAGGCACUUGUCAAAUGAGGAAGGCAGCUGUGAUCCAGACACAAGGGAAGCAAAGCAGUUGGAAGAUUUACAACAAUUGCAAUCAUCAGUUGCUGAAUGUAAUUCUGUGAGCAGUGAAGAAAACUCUAUUUUCCCUGUUGACCAGAAAACAGGUUUGCAACAUGUUCACACAAACACGGAGUCAAAUGUGGCAAAUUCCAGCAUGUUGCUUCUAAACAACCAAGCUGGACAUUUGGAUUUAUACCAACAUCAGAAACAAGGUCUUUCUGUUGAACGUCAUGAGAGCAUUUCAAGACCAUCAUCUGCUGCAAGUUCAGAGGGAAGUGGUUUAGAAACUGCGUCUGGUGAUUUUGAGAAUGUGUUAGCAGCUUCGCGGAAGAAGUGCUUUGAACUGCAACUAGAGAUCAAGCAAUUAGAGGAACAGCUGAAGCAGAGUGAAGAAGAGAAUCAGAAACUCCAAGUUGACCUGGGGAAACACUUGUUCCUUGAAGAAAAAGGAAAGCGUCAUGGAAGGCUCCUCGGAGGGGCAGCUUUGCUGCAUGAGUCAGGUUAGUUGGAGAUGUCAAAAACUAAUAAAUAGCGGCUUAACAGUUUAAGAACAUGGAACUGUGUGAGGAAUUGCAGAAUUGGAGGAAACUAACAUGAUUGGAUAAGGCUGAGUAUGUAAAGAGGAAUUUUGUAGAUUAAUUAAGGUGUUUUUGAUUUGGUUGAUAACACCCUCUGAAAACUGCAUAGUAUUAUAUGAAUAAUGUGCAAAAUUGGAGAAUUAUUCUUCAUAAUAUUAUUAUAAGACAGCAGAUUCAAUGACUACUUAAUUUUUCAUUCAAAUUAAUAAUAUCUAAACUCAUAACAGUCCUCCUUAACUUUCCAUUCCGUAGAAUUUCUUUCAAGUGUUUGCUGCUAAGUGGUAUUUUCAGGGAAUUAAUAGAUGUUAUUUGACACUUGGAAAAUAUAUGUUUAAAAUCUGUACAAAGUUGUUAGCCUGUAACCACUCUGAUUUAUUUUACUUUUUAAUGCUGCCAACAUACUAUGUGUAUUUUUUAACGGCCUGCAUCUUUCUCAACUGCAUUCCAAUGAGCUCAAGUUCUUCAAAUGCACCAUUAGAUGUUAUAGUCCAAUAACAGUACUGCUUAACUGACAGAGAACCAACAAUUUAUCACGUGAAAGAUUGUUGGAGUCGUGUGUGCAACUUAGUUGCAGAAAGAAAGCUUGAAAAAAUUCCAGCCAGUUUGCUAGAUAGCUCAGUGGUAAUUAAGAGCUUGAACUUUUUUCAAGCUUUCUUUUUGGUGACCUAUUAAGAUGCAUAUUUCCAUGUAACUGUGAUUGUCUUUCUCAGGUUAAAUCUUUCUCAUGCAGUUCGAAUGUAUGAAGAUUUCAUAAUCAUUUUAACUUUGAUAUGGAAAACCAAUAACACCCUGACUUACAGUGUAAUAAAACAAUUAGCUAGGUCAAUAACCAGAGAGCUUAAUACUGUCAAUUAAUGAUACACAACUCACUUUGACUCUGAAGAUGACUGCUGCACAGGUUGUUGAAACGUCAGUCACUGUCAAGUACAGUCCUAUUUAGGAAUUCCCCGGUCAGUCAUGUUGCAUCUUCUGACUGAGGGGGAGGAGUAUGACAUGACCCCUGUACUCAAACCAUUCAUUGAGUCGCAAACAAUGAAAAAAAUCAAAUAAUUUUCAUUCCUAUGGGCAGUGAUCUAUUUGGCAGGGGUCAUUGUCUUAUAUUCUUGCCUUAUUUUUUUUUGUAGGUUUUUCCCUGCAUUCAAGACUUCCAGAGAUCUGGCUUCAAAGGGAUCCUGGGCUCAAACCAUUCAUUGUAUUUAAAAAAAAGGAUUAAAAAAUAUCAUUCCCAUGGGCAGUGAUCAGUUUGGCAAGGGUCAUUGUUUUAUGUUCUUUCUCUUGAUUUUUUUCAGGAUUUUCCCUUCACUCAAGACUUCUAGAGAUCUCUGAUUCAUUAUCAUUGGAAGAGGUGAAAAAGAUCAAGUUUCUGGUCAAAAGCAAAGUCAGUGGUUUCAGACUAGCACGGAUAACAGAGGCCUUUGAACUUUUUGAAGAACUGGAGACAAAUGGAGUAUUUCCCUGCCAUUAUAUUGCAAACCUACUAGCGGGGAUUCAGCGAUAUGAUCUUGUGGAGAAACUUGGAAUACGGUUACCUUUAACAGCUGCAAAACAUGGUAAUAAUGAGAAUCCCUAAUCAUUUCUUGUUUUUAUUGUAGCAACACACUCUAAUUGUUAAAUGAAUGUUAAAGCAGUUUGCAUGUAUAGACCCUUCAAUGUUUUCUUCAAUAGGCCAUUUUAUAGUUGUGGACUUAGUAUCCUAGCCUUUGAGUGGACGUGAUGCUGAGGUUGACCUUGUUUUGAUACAAACGUCUUUCCUUUUCUUAUGGAAAUUAUGCUUAAAAAUACGUAGUUAACAUAAGAAAAACAUUAGUUACAUAGUAAAGCAGGAAGGGUUGUAUAUAAAGAAGGUCAACUUCAGCCUCGUUUCCACCUGUAACUGUAAAAUGGGCUAUUCUUGACGAGGAUCAGUUGGCAAAAAUCUGUCGCUACCUUAAAAUCAGUAAAGUCAUCAAGUUAGAGAGUGAAGUAAGUUGAAAAGAAACAUCUAUGAAUUGCAAAAUCAUAGGGUUUCAUAGACAUUUGAUAGGGGGUGGUGAUAGUGGCAACUUUUUGGUGACUUGGUAAAGCAAUAUCAUCUCUCAUUUCUGAAAUAUCACUCUUUGACUUGGCAACUACUUAUUUUAUUUUUUUUGUGGCAUUUGUGCGAACAGGUCCUUGUCAAAAAGUGGAAAGGUCUAUUUUAAAAUAAGAACACGGGGCUGAUCAGGAAUUUUGUUUGCAGUGUAGUUGUGCUGUUUUAGUGGGGAUGGGUGUGUCACCCCAGAUACAAAGUUGGAUAUUCAGGUAAAGAAACGAGGGAAGGGGAUGUGUUUCUGGGUCAAGAAAGAGGGUGAACUGUCACAAAUCCCCUCCCCUUUCCCUAGUCUGUUACAUGUAGCAUUCACCCUUGGAAUUAAAUAGGAGAGAGAAGACGGGGGAAAGGCACUUGCUGAGGAAGAUCUGAAUGAUUCCAAACCAAAUGCAUGAUGGACGGUAAUGUAUUGGAUUCACUAGAUGGAGUAGCCGGUCUAUUUAAUUCUCAAGGACUGUGGUCAUAAAGGAUGUUUGUUUUUUUUUUACUAGUGUCGUUGCUUGCUUAUUUUCUUUCAGGGUCAGACAUUCUUUCUGGGCAGAGCUUGUCAGCAAGUGGAAAUAGAUUACCUGAUCAUGUUGAGAAUUCACCCAGACUGACAUCUGUUAAAGAUUACAGUUUGGAGGUACAACUGAACAGACAUGGAAGGAAGCACGUUGAAGGAAAUGGAGUGUUUACACGUGUGAGUAUCAGAGGAGACUCGAUGCAAUUGCAGGGUGUUGAAGAAAAUGAUAAAUCAUUAAUAACAGAGGAAGCAGAAACUGAACAGGAAAACAAUUCAUCACUUGGAUUCAGUGAAAAUUCAAGGGAAACCGACACGUACACCGCUGUCUCAAGUGAGAGUGAAAAAAGCAGUAAUUCAUCCCUGAAAAGUGCUCUCAGCGCCGAAGAAUUUCCCCAAUUCCCCACCCUUACUUCAGACGAUUAUUUGUCAAGUUCUAAUGAUAGUUCGUUAUUGUCAUCCAGUUUUGAACAAACUGCAGUGGUGGCUGAUUCUUGUAGCACCUUGCAGUCCACGAUUGAUACAACUGAUGGCUCACCUAUUUUGACGACACUGUCUAGUAAGGCUUGUAGAAAUAAAGAAAUCUCAGUUGACACUGACCCUAACGUAGUGUGUACUAAAGAGCAGACUGAACGAUCUUCGAUAUUCCAUUACGCUGACGUGGAGUGUGACGGCUCUCCAACAGUAGCAGCAUGCCAGUCUUAUUCAGCUUAUUCUUAUUCAGAAAACAAUGAAUGCUACGUGGCUGAUGGGGAAGAUGAGCUUUUUGAUAAAGCAGCUGAGAAGGCUGAAUGGAAAGAAAUUGAGGAAGAAAAAGAAUUUGUUGAUUCUUGUGACGGAGCAAUAAAACCAGUACACUCUGGCACAAGUGCAGACAGUUUUGUUGGUGAGAUUGUUGGAACUCAAAGUUUUGCAAGUGGAGGAAUCCUGCCAUUAACACAGCAAGGAACCUCUUCAACAGCAGGGAGGGUACUUGGGACACAAUCAUCCACUGGAACAGAUUGGGAGCAUCUCGGUGCUAGACCAAAGGAGGUUCAACGUUCAGAUGUUCAACCAAAGCCAACAGAACCCGUUGUUUAUAUAACUGAUGGCUUAGCUGGUGAUUUCUUAGCGAGACACACCCAAGACAAAUCCCUUCAUGACAGUAUCUAUCAAACUGAUGGUGCUUCUCUCUUCAAUGACUUUCCAUCACAGGGGACUUCCUUUAUUGAUGGUGACAUAUCUCGAUCUAGCAGAGCCCAGGCGUACUUUGGGGAUUGCCAGGUUGCGUCCAGGGCAGAGCCAUUUAUUGGAACUGGUAAUUCACUUGUGACUGGAUCUAAUGGACAUUUGGGUGGCCCUUCUAAUGCAGAACUUUUCACUGACAACUUGUUCUCAUUGCAUAGUAACUAUUUAUCAAGAAAUACCUCAACUGCUGCAAACAACUAUUCUCCUCAAAGUGAUUUUGUACAUAGUAGUCAUAGAUUUGCAGGGGUUGACCAUUUUGAUGGACAGACUUAUUUCCCGUCAGCACAGCAAAUGCCAUAUGCUCCUAUGGCAAGUGACCCUGUUCUAAAUAGUUAUCCAGGAAUGACUGGUUCAAGUUUUGCUGACCCUUCAUGGACAGGUGCAGCACUAACACUACCUGGGGAUCCUGUAGAUAAUUCACCAAGAUUUAGUAGCUUUUCAAGUGAGCAGCUUACGGGCCCUGCUCAUGAUACAAAUAGGUUUGCUGGUGCUGACAACGCUUCAGCUUUUAUUUCUUAUCAGGGCACAGAUGAGCCGGCUCAGAAAACAAAUUUAGCAUUUGGAAAUUCAAGGACAACAACUGGAAACAUUGAUGAUGAUGCAAAUUCAGCUGCACGGUAUCAACUUGGAAGUUCCACAACGUCUGAUGUUGUUUUGGCAGCGAGAUCUACUCAUGAUACAUCUGUUUUAGAACCACAUCUUGGUGUCGCCGACAACAAUAGAGUUUCUGUGUUAAACAACACAGACUUUGGUACUGAUUCAAUAGAGGCCUCUGACAACUCGUUACUUGCUCUCGAACGGCGUGUUGCAGAAGCUUGUGCCCUUGUUGAACGUGUUCUUCGGGAGAGAGAGGAACGUGAACAGUUUGGAAGAGAAAUAGAAAGGAAAGAACAGUUGAUCAGAGAACAAAGAGCUCGAGAAAGGCGGGAGAGAGAAGAGAGAGAGUUGCGGGAAGCUGAAAACUGGCCACAACAACAAGAGGCCAUCAACGCACGUUCACAGUGGUUAUGUGAACAUUAUCAGCGGCACUGCAGAGUGCGCUUCCCUUGUUGCACGCAAUUCUAUCCAUGCCAUCGCUGUCACAACAUCUCAAAAGCUUGUGACAAUGAAGAGGCUAAAGCUUGUCAUGCCACCCACCUUAAAUGCUCUCACUGUCAGCAUGAACAAGAGGUAACUUGUUCUUUUUGUUACACUAAAAAUAAUAGAGGGUUGAGAGCCAGACUAGAAUAGAGAGAGAGAGAGAGAGAGAGAGAAUUAGAGACUUUUCCUGUUCAUGUACAAGGAAUACAAGGAAUUUGCAAAUACUUUCAACAAUAGUUUCCGAGAGACUCGGUAGGGACAACACCCAUUAUAGGGGCAUCAUCUGUCAACAGGACAACACUUGUCAAACAGGGACUAUGCCCAUCACAGGGACAACACCUGUAACAGCGACUUGUUGUGCAAAAUUGCUGCAGAGUAAGUUGAAUAGCGAUGUUGCCCAUUUUGCCACCCGUAAUCAACCUGUCUGGCAAAGUAGUUUGUUGGGGAUUGCAAAAAGUUGUUGAACACUUUCUGGGUGGUAAAAUGCGCAAUAUCACUUUUCAAUUCGUUUUGCAACAAUUGCAAAAUAAGUUGCACGUUUUUGUUGCUUGUUUUACCGUAGCUUUAACUUUUCCGGUACCAAGUUUUAUUUUGGGCUAAACUUAAUUCACACGUUUAAGUGUUUUGUGAUUGUUAUUGUUGCAGAUUGGUGAAGACAGUGCCAAGUGUCGUAAGUGUGGAGGGAAAAUGUCUGCUUAUUUCUGUGCCAUCUGUAAACAUUUCACCAGUGUCGACAAAAAUCCCUAUCAUUGUGAAAAAUGUGGAAUAUGCCGGUAGGUUAAAAGAAUCAUUGUUCAAGCAAAAUUAGGUUUGUAGGAAAUAAAAUAUAUCAAAUAUAGCAAUAUUUAUCAAAGCCUCAAUGCUCUUGUUUAAUAAACGAACAAAGAGGCGUGAUUAUUGUGCUUUGUUCUGUUGUGAAGCUUUUAGUGUUAGGAAGUGGUUAGAGCACGAAAGAAGUGUAGGGGGAAACACAAAACGUAGUCAAGUGUUAAAAAAUUGGACGUCAAGCAGGAUGCAAAGAAAAUUAUUUUUACAGCUUGCCAUUCGGGCAAGCUAAAGCUAGCAUUUACUAGCCCAGACGUCAUUUCAACUAGCCCCAAAAACUUUUUGUUCUUCUGUUAUUCAAACUCUUCAUAAAACAUCACUUGCCCGUCAGGCAAGUUGAAAACAGAAUUCACUAGCCCGAUAGCAAAAUCCACUAGCCCCGGGCUAUCGGACACUACUUUCUUUGCACGCUGCGUCAAGUUUCUGUGUCUUUAUCAGAUAUAAAGACACUUAUUACUGCCAAAUUAGUUGUAUCGUGCUGCUUGUUUUGCAAACUUGAAAUGCAUUUUGGGUUCUUCUGUUCCAUCAAGCAUUUGAGUGGGGGCGGGGUUAAAGCAAAUCACAAUAUUUGAACACGCUCGCCUAGCUUGGCUCGCAAAAGAAAACUGAGAAUGGCGAAGGAAAUAACAAUGUCAAUUGGAAUUUUUGUGGAGGGAUUGAGAUAGACAUUGCUUUAUUCUUACAAGUGACAAGAUUAAGAAAGGUCAGAAAAAUCUUCUAAGCAAACUAGUAGAUUAUAGCCCGAAACAGGAUGAUCACAAACAACCGACACAGUAAAUAAAGCAAAUGGAUCAGAAUCCCCCAAUCACAAAUCACGUACCAUGACCUUUUAAACUCGUUCAAGUAAAAGUGUUUCCUAAGAGGUCUGCUAAGAUGAUUGACAAAACAGAAAAACCCAAAACUUCUUCAAAGUUUGCAAAACGCGCAGCGCAAUACAAGAAAUUUGCCAGUGAACAUUAAUUUCUUUUGUUAUUUCUUUAUGAAUUAUUAAUGAGCUUUUAAAACUCUUAGUAAAGCAUGCUUUUUAACCAAUCAGAGUGCAUGUUAUAUCUGAACUUUGUAAGGAAAAAGCAAUUGCAGCUCGAAAAGAAAGGAAAGAUAAGUCCUAGUAAAAAGCAAAGGUUUGGGAGUGUGGGCGAGAUCAAAGCAAAUGCCACUGCUCCAAUGCUGUGCUCUGUUUUCACUUGAUAGAAGGUCCAGUCGCUCGUAAUUAGAUAAUGUGCUAUGCAUUUCAUUCAUUCUUAGUGAAAGUCAAAAUGAAUGCUGGCUACAUACGUGUCUUGCUUGUGUCAUAGCAACCUGUGCCCAGUUGAUCGAAGGCUGAUUAGUGCUUAUCCCAGGGUUAUGUUUAUUUUUCUUGUUUAAAAGCAUUUUCUCGGAUAAUUUUCUCUGUUAUAUUUAAGAGCAUCCAAUCAUCAACUUGUUGACAAAAAGAAUUAAACCAAAUUUACUUUUUAAGCUUUCAUGUGUGAAUUCAAAUUUCUCACUAACCCUGGGUUAUCUUAACCCAGCUUUGAACAACCCGGCCCUGGAUAUUAGGAUGCUUAGAUCUGGUCACCAGCAAUUAACCAGCACAUCUAUUUCUGGUUUUUUAAAGUUUUUAAGUAGUCGUUAUCAACUUAUUGCAUUCAUUUUUUGUAAUUUUUUGCCAGGAUUCAUCAGGACAAAUCAUUCCAUUGUGAAGUAUGUAAUGUGUGUUUAGACAAACGGCUCGAGGGUAAUCAUAAAUGUCGACCGGAUUCAGGUCAUGAUGAAUGCUGCAUCUGCUUAGAGGUGAGUUUAAACCAUUAGUGAUCAAGUACAAUUAACUCUACCACUCCUUGGUCCGGAUAAGAAAAAUGAGUCAUCUUUAAUUGUUUGAUUCAAGAGUUUAGAUGUACAAACAGGAAGAUUGUAGCAACCACCAGAAAAUCCUCUAUUAAGCCCCCGAGGAGGCUUAUUUAUUUCAAGCUCAUUUGAGGGGUAGGGAGUUGCUGAAGUUAUUUAGAAAAGACAAUGGUAUCAGUUCUCCAUAAAGAACUAGAAUACAAAGUAUAAAAGUUCAAGUACAAGAAGGUUGGAGGCCAUGCAGCCGAGGAUGAGAAUCAAAUUUGAACUUCCAGCUGGUGAAUAAACCACCCCAGAUCAGUCCACACAAAGUUGUUCAGUCGUGAUUGAUUACAGUCUAUCAUUUAUUAGUGAAGAAAAAUUAGGGAAGGGGAGGGGAGGGGAGGGGGUGCUUAAUAGAUAGGUGGCUUCUUAUUUUUCUUCCCCUGAAAAGGCGGGGGGACUUAUUGGAGGGAAGGGGCUUAAUUGAGAGGGGGGUUAAUAGAGGAUUUACAGUUAUUAUUUAUCACUAGACUAGAAUGAAAGAUACUUUUGUAUCUUUCAUAUGUUUCAAUGUUGUUAUAUUGAGUUGCCAAUUGUCUAAUUGCAGGAUGCAUUCAGUGGUUGCCAGAUAUUACCGUGUUCACACAAAGUCCAUAGAGAAUGUGCAAUUGCUAUGAUACAAAACGGCAUGUAAGUCAUCAGGUUACUUAGGCUUUAUAUGGGCUGGGAUACUACUGAUAAUUACUCAUGCAAAGUAGAUUGAGUUGAAACUGAGGAAAGGGAAAUGUACUUUAUUGUAAUGUCAUUGUUGGGAGGACAAACAGUAUCUGUGCUUUUAACAUUUUAGGUGUUAUGUAAUCUCCUACAACAGCAUGCAGCUGUACAAAGGCUACCAUUUGUCCUUUUAUGAACUUACUGUAAGAAAAUAGUGUGCAAUAAGGGAAGUGAUAGCUGAUGCAGAGUUAGUUCCCACCAGCUGGGAAACUUCCCCUUUCUUUUUUGAACAGUAGUAUGUUUCCUUGAACUUUGCCUUUGAGUUCAUUGGUGGAGAAGGUUGAAGGAGGAAAAGGCCAACCAAUGAUUGACACGACCAUGUGAACUGAGACAUGUUCUUAUGCACAGCUUGUAUGAUCUUACCAGCUGCAACAUCUCUAUUAGUAGUUUUCACUUUUUCAUGCCCAAAAUGUUCAUUAAUGUUUCGAGGAGUGGUUAAAAUUCUGUUAAGUUGAACCGUCUGACGUGUUGAUCAACCUGCUGCCUCAACAGUCUAUUUGAAUUCUUAUAAAUUUAAAACAAGCAGCAAAAAUAAUAGGAAACUACCCGAUUGAGCAUAAAAGUCCCCUGUAUUUCGGCUGGAUAUAACAACCUUCAUCAGAGUGCAAAGCUCAUUAGCCACGAUAUACAAUACUUCUGUAAUAAGAGGGCUUAUUGAAAUGCAUUGUUUCUCUCGUAGUACACUCAGCAUUCUUAAUCGAGCAACCUGGGUAGCUCCUUGUCCAUUAUUUCGUCUUUUUUCUUGACUCUUUAAUUAAGGAGAAACCUUAAACCCCUAGUAUGGUGGCCAAAUCCCAACUGUUACAGCAUUAGCACUGUUAUACGCGUGGACAUGUGGGUUUUAGUCACACUGUUGAAAAUUGAUAUCAUCUCAUUUGUAUUAUAGACAAACAUGUACAUAAGAGAAUAAACUUUAAAAUAAUUUUCCCUACACAUAAAUUGACUGGCCCGCCAAGAUUAGCUCUAUUUAUCUGCAGGCCAGUGCACUUUUGUUAAACUUAAUGAUAAGGAAAAUAAGGAUUAUUGUUGUUGUUGUUACUGUUGUCAGUGCAGUGUCUUUUUUUGAGAAAGUUGUCUGUUGGAGGGAAAGAGGUCAAUUGCUCUUUUUUGCUAAUAUUUUAGUUCUUGAAAGGUUUGUGAAUAAUUCAAUUUUUUAUCAUUUUUUGUCUCUUUCAGUCGUACCUGUCCAAUUUGUCGACACCCCUUGUAUAGUCAGUCCAGGGAGUAAGAUUUCUAGUAGAGGAACACUCAGUUCGUCCUUUGAUUGACCAAGAUAAUGCACAUGAGUUACUGUGAGGGAUUUGUAGUGCAAAAUGGAACCAACGCCUGGAAAUUGGAGGUGUUAGUGUGAUAACUUAGUUUUGAAACAGAAUGACUUUUGUUUAUUAUGAUAGACGAAUUUUUCCAAACUCUUGUGAAUGGACACUUUGGAAAAAGUGUUUGGUUAUUGAACAUUUGAUCCCAGUAAAUUCAGCAAAUUGCUGCCUCUUCAUAAAUAUCUAUGCUAGCAAUUAACAAAAAUGAACUCAUCCCUAGCUGUCUCUUUUACCUCUUAAUUAAGUAUUAAUAUUAACGAGAUAAGCAAGUGGAAGAUGUGCACUGUGAGAGAUGGGAAAGAGGGAAAAUGGUUACUGGCACCUCUACCAGACUGCUCCAUCUUUGAAAGCAAACAGCUAAAAACGUCUUAUCAAACUGCCCAAGAUCGCUGAAAUUACAUCGGUAAACUCAUCACCUUAUGCAGAAUGCAAGUACAUCAGAAUAAACGGUAAAAGAUACAGCCAAUGCUAACUUUUCGAGUCACGAUCUGCUAGUCGUCUCUUUCAUUUCCCUCUGUCAUUGUCCACUCCGCUGAAAUGCCGUGAUAGUCUUCCACAGUUCUCGCCCUUUCUGCCUUCAAAUCAGAAGAGAUGAGUGAUGGCAAGGGCCGGCUUUACUUGUGUUGCCAAGGCUCAUUGAUACUUAUUAUUAAUAAUGUAAAUAAUUUAUUUGAUUUUCCAUUAUUUUGUAAAUGGUGAAUUGAAAUUGCUGAUGUUUUCCUAUUGUAGUAGUUUAGUCAUUCCGGAGGCAUGAGUUGUUACUGACUUUUUCUCAUUGCCCUGGAGUUUCAAAGUGAAACCUUUAUAAGAGAAAACCAUGUUAAUGUAUAAAUAAUAUUGUUAUUCUUCAUGACAAUUCCCAUUGUUCUGAGGGGCACCUUGACUGGUGCAAAAAGAUCUUAUCGAAAGUUCAUGUUCAGAUGUUAUUUAUUGCGUUACUAUUAAGGCAAGUAAUAUUUUUUGAAAUAAAGUUUGAAUUGAGUCAGGUUAAGUGGUCAGCUCUGUGUUCACACGAUGCAUCCUUACAUAUCAGAUAAGCAAGUUUGGAUGAGAGCAGUCUCCAACAGGUAGAAUUUGUAGGAUAGAUAACAUGCCUUUGGAGGAUAAUGGGCGAUGAGCUGAAUGUGUUCCACUCACCAGGUGUCUAUCAUGUCAAACGAGGACUAGCUGAUGGAAAAAUGCACAUGGAGAUAAAGUAGAUGGUUAGAAAAGAAAAUAACCAAGCAGCAAGUAAUUCAUUACUCUCUAGGUCCAUCGACAACGAAUUCCCAAAUCAGUGUCCUCAGAAAUUAAUGUUGAAAUGGUCAGGCAAGCUGCUUUGAGAACAAAGGGAGAAGGAGGCAUCUCUUGGAUUGACGUGAAUGACUUCAGAAGGAUCCUCACCUACAAGUCCUUUAACCAGUCGUCUCUAAGGCUAUGUGAGGCAAUAGUUACAUUGAUAAGGACCCCAAAACGACAUUUUGUCACUAUGACUAUGGAGCUGAGCCCUGGUUGCUAGUCUCCUGAUUCCACUGAACAAAAGCAAAGAUGCUGUAAGGCAAAUAGGAGUUGUGGAGGUAAUAAGGAAAAAUUGUGGACAAGUGUGCAAUGGGUGUGGCCAAAAAGGAUGUUGUCAAUCCAACUGUGUGCUGGACAAUGGUGUGGAAAGGAGGUUGCAAUACACACCACAGAUGAUAUUUCUGAAGCAGAUGACACUGAUGCCAUAGUGCUCUUUAAUGCUUUUGGUACAUUAAAAUGCACUCAAUAGAACAGUGCAUAACAUCUGCAUUCUGUGCCAUGUUAUAGUAGUCUACACUUUACGCAGAUGUCUGUUACCGUGGACCAUUCGAUUCUCUUAGAUGACCUCCAGUCUGAUUUUGGAAUUUCAGGCUCUGCACUUAAUUGGAUUGAAUCGUACCUUUCUAACAGAACCCAGUGCAUCUAUAUAGAUGGAGUUCUAUCGAGUAAUUUUAAUCUUAAAUUUGGAGUUCCACAAGGCAGCUGUCUCAGGCCAUUAUUGUUUUCUCUCUAUGCUAGCAAACUUUUUAAGAUCAUCGAAUCACAUCUUAAUCCCCAUGUUAUGCAGAUGACAUGCAACUGUAUAUUGCGUUUAGACCGGGAAAUGAUUUGGAGGAGACUGCUGCUAUAACUGCCAUGGAAUCAUCUAUUGCUGAUAUCAGUCAAUGGAUGCAUUCGGAUAAGUUAAAACUGAAUUCAGAUAAGACAGAAUGUCUUCUGAUUGGAAGGCGACAGCAACUUCAGAAAGUCAGUACCUCAUUGGUUGGCGACUCCCAAAUUGCUCCAUCAUGUGAAGUUCGAAACCUAGGAACCUAGUUUGAUUCGAAAAUGAGUGUACUAAGUCAUAUCAACAGAACUUGCUCAUCCACUUUCUAUUAUCUUAUAACAUGCGUAGAAUUAGGAAAUAUUUAAGUCGUUCAGUCACCGAAUCAUUAGUUCAUGCUUUUAUAACCAGUAGAGUAGAUUAUUGUAACAGUCUACUAUAUGGCCUCCCGAAUUCACAUAUCAUGAAACUCCAGUGGAUAAGAUUCUGCCAUGUUACACCAUUGCUUUUCCACCUUCAUUGGCUUCCGAUAAGUUACCAUAUAAAGUUUAAGAUUCUACUUUUGACUCAUCGAAACUAUCAGCAUCACUAAGACAUUAAGACUGGCUAUGUUUUAAGAACAUUUAAAUAGACUUAAAACUAUUUGAAGACCUCUGGCUGACUUGUCACGGCUCACAUCAGUGUUUAAUGCAGUUUGUUCAACUUGGAGAAAAGCUAUUGAAAGAGCUUGAAUGCCUCUUCUCUUUGCUGCAGUAACAAAGCUUGUAUUGUCGUGAAAUGCACAACUCGUUUGGAAGGACAUUCAGACUCAAAAGACAACUGGAGUUUUCGACCUGGGCCCACACUCAUCCUUUUCGACCCAGGCAGUGUGUGCACUGGGAUCGCUAAGCAUCGCGG